ACUGCCAUUUUACACAGGGAGUGCUAGCUAAAUCUCUAAAGUGAUUGACCACAACUUAUUAGCCUAUGUGGUAUUCAGUUUGUUUUUCCAGAAGCGUAAACAGCGUCUCACUGUAACCACACACCCAAAACGGCGUUUUGUUCUUAAGCACGACUCAAAUUAACAGUGGCGUAGAACACACGGAAGUAGUAGUGCAAGGCCCUGGAUGGAUAGCCUGGACCCUGAAACCCUGUAUGUGUCCCCAGAGCAGGCUGGACAGCCCACACUCCCCCUCCCUUCCUUGGAAGUCUCCAGCACGGCACUAGUGGGUGGGAAAAAGAUGAAUGGGUCUCUGGACCAUCCCGACCAACCAGAUGUUGAUGCGAUUAAGAUGUUUGUGGGACAGAUUCCACGGUCCUGGUCCGAAGAGCAGCUUCGUGAGCUGUUUGAGCCUUAUGGAGCAGUCUAUGAGAUUAAUGUUCUCCGAGACCGCAGCCAGAAUCCACCACAGAGCAAAGGCUGCUGUUUUAUAACGUACUACACUCGCAAAUCAGCCUUGGAAGCACAGAAUGCUCUGCACAACAUGAAGAUUCUGCCAGGGAUGCACCACCCAAUCCAGAUGAAACCAGCUGACAGUGAGAAAAACAAUGCAGUGGAGGACAGGAAGCUGUUCAUUGGAAUGAUCUCCAAGAAGUGCAAUGAAAACGACAUCCGACUGAUGUUCUCACCGUAUGGACAGAUAGAGGAGUGUCGGAUACUUCGAGGACCUGAUGGACUCAGCCGUGGUUGUGCAUUUGUGACAUUCACAGCGAGACAAAUGGCCCAGUCAGCCAUCAAGUCCAUGCAUCAGUCACAGACCAUGGAGGGCUGCUCAUCGCCCAUUGUGGUGAAGUUUGCAGACACUCAGAAGGACAAGGAGCAGAAGCGCAUGGCCCAGCAGCUGCAGCAGCAGAUGCAGCAACUCAGUGCUGCUUCCAUGUGGGGAAAUCUCACUGGUCUCAACAGCCUGGGGCCACAGUACUUAGCACUCUACUUACAGUUGCUGCAACAGUCAGCCUCCACAGGGAACGCACUCAACAAUCUGCACCCUGUUUCAGGUCUUAAUGCUAUACAGAACCUGGCUGCUUUAGCAGCAGCAGCAACUGCCACACAGGCCACGCCCACAGGCUCCAGCGCCAUGACAACAUCUAGUAGCCCACUAAGUGCACUAACAAGCUCAGGCUCCUCUCCCACCUCCAGCAGCAACUCCUCAGUGAACCCUAUAUCUUCUUUGGGAGCCCUGCAGUCUCUAGCUGCUGGUGCUGGAGCUGGCCUCAACAUGGGCUCCCUGGCAGGCAUGGCAGCGCUAAAUGGCGGCCUUGGGUCCGGAGGCCUGUCUAAUGGCUCCGGGAACACCAUGGAGGCCCUGAGCCAGGCCUACUCCGGCAUCCAACAGUAUGCUGCUGCUGCCGCCAUCCCCAGUCUUUACAACCAGAGUCUGCUGCCCCAGCAGAGCGUGUCAGCUGCAGGCAGCCAAAAAGAAGGUCCGGAAGGUGCCAACUUGUUCAUUUACCACCUGCCCCAGGAGUUUGGAGACCAGGAUUUGCUCCAGAUGUUUAUGCCCUUUGGAAAUGUCAUCUCUGCUAAAGUCUUCAUUGACAAACAGACAAACCUCAGCAAGUGCUUUGGCUUUGUGAGCUAUGACAACCCCGUGUCAUCACAGGCAGCCAUCCAGUCAAUGAAUGGUUUCCAGAUCGGUAUGAAGAGAUUGAAGGUGCAGCUGAAGCGCUCAAAGAAUGACAGCAAGCCCUACUGAGGGUGCUGAGGCACUGCAGACUUAGUUAGGCAGGGUGGUGUUAUGGUAAGUGGAGUAUGAAUAACCAAGACUGGUCCACAGAAACUUGUCUGUGCAUUACAGGGUGAUGUCUGCUGCGCUGCCUCUCCUGGUCAUUAUAACAUGUCCAGGCAAAGAGACACAUAAAGCUACAUCCGAGAGUUUUUGGGCUUGACUGGAUUCUUCCUGUGUUCUGUUGUGGUUUAUGCACUUUGUUUUCACUUUAACAAAUCAGAGAAACAGGUGUAUUUUAAUUUCAGUUGAAAUGUUAUCAGUUUGCUGUGGUACAUAAUAAACAUAUGAGUUCAUUGUUAGGGUAUUGUUGCACUUUGACAGUCAGGUGCCAAAAUCCAUCUGUUUUUAUUUCCCUCCGCAACCCAGACUCAGCUUAAAGCUCCUGAAAGCAGGCAGCAGCUGACAGAGCUAAAAGACAGAGCUACGUUUGAUUAGAAAACAGAAAUCAUCACUUUUCUUUUACAUUUUUACAAACCAAACUUGUGAUUUUCCCUACUUUUGUAUUAGGUAUCUGUAUUAUCUCUUGAAAUGGAAACAGUGUAUGUGAUAUACACCUAAAUUAGCUGUAAUGUGCAAAAGCUCAGAUUGUUCAUAAGGAGGAGCGCCACCAAAACAUGCAGAUAUAUUGACAUAUAUUUCCUCACUCUGAGUUUGUGAAAUGUGUGUGUGUGUGUGUCUUUCUUAGUGCUGUGAGGCCACAGUCUUAAUCAGUCACUGUUGUGACAGCUAAGAAGCCUGUUGAUGCUGUGAACAUAGUGCUACCUGGUUUUUUUCAACUCAGAUCUAAAGUUACUGAAAAGGACUGCCACCUGUUUGUGCGUUAGAUGACACAUAAAUGCUUGUUUAUAUGUGACUUGUCGUGUGGGUGUAGCAGCUGUUGCAUGGCUUACACUAAUCAAGUAGCCUCGGGCGGAUGGCUAUGUAUUUGCGUGUGGGUUGUGUUGUAUAUUAACAGUGGCUGGAAUUGAUUCCUGUAUGAUAUAGAUAUUAUACUUCUGUCAAACAGUGUACUCAUUGCAUUUAUUGUAUUUUUUUUUUUUUAUCUGGAGGUUAGUGAGACAGAUUUCUAAUGCAGUUGAAGUUGCAUGUCAGUAUAGACUUUUCCAGAGGACUAAGCUCAGCAUGUUUUGGUGGUGCUCCUCCUGUGCUGCUGCACUCUGAGUGACAGGUCAGAGGUCGGGCUGAUGUGGCUGUGAAGGCCGCAGUUGUAACUAGCAACACUGUGAAGUUUGGGGGGAAAAAAAACAAAAAAACAAACACCAAACAUCAUCGACUUGUUCCACUCAACUUUAAUAUCCAACAGUCUGUCUAAUGGAGAUUUAAUGACUCAUAGAAACACAUUUUUAUUGUUUCAGUUGGUUUGAACUUUGAAUCCAGGUGAUUUGUUAAACAUUCAUCACAACCCUCAGCUACUGUCCUGCUAGUUAGCGGCUAGCUAAUCUAUAGAGGGCUACACCACUAUGUCUCUCACUGAAUAUCUUCUGUAAUUGGAGAAUUCAUAUAAAUGUCAAACUGCUCAAGACAAACAUGUUAGUUAGCUUAGACUUCCUUGUGUGUGUGUGUGUGUGCGUUUGUGUGUGUGUGCGUGUGUGUGUUUUUUAAUAGAACUAGGAAGCAAGACAAUUGUUGAGAUGUAUAUUUAAACUAUUAUGCCUUUUCUAUUUUUAUAUAGGUUUUAUACUUCCCCUGUGUGUUGGGGAAUUAUUUAUUGCCUAAAUUAUUUAUCUGAAUUGAAAUUAUUUUGAAAGACAAAUGUGAAGUCCAACAACUCCAUUUGAUCUCCUGGUGUGUGUCCUCUUUUUGCCUGUUAUGCGUUGUUUCCUUUUGGUGAUGUGUACUAUGUGUCAGUGUGGCAUGGACUGUGUGUGUAGGAUCCAUCAGUGCUGCUACAGACUUCAUAGAUCUCCCUCUCUGUCACACAUGCCUCCAUCUGAAUAAAUCAUUUUCCAAAAACACAGGGAGCAUAGUUUAUUCCAUAAGUCCAUGUGCCUGUUGGUCCUGUCUCUCUAUAUGAAUACAGAGCCAUCCUAAAUGUGUUAUCUACACCUUUGCGCCAGGCGAAGUCCUGGGUGUGUUUCUAGUACUAGAACUAGUUUUAAAAGCGAUUCUAGGUCCAGGUCCAAAGAUCGAGUCUUCUGCACUGGGACAGUCAGAUUAUAACCAUGUGUGAUGGAAGUAUGACCAGGGUGCUCAGAGGACCUCUCAUUGCCACAGGGUCAUUCAUGUCUAAGCAGCUGAACAUCACCAUGUUCUGUGUAAUACUGUCCCAUUUACUCAGUGUUAUGUUAUUGCUGAAGUUUCUUGGUAUAUUGUCUACUGUACAAAAUCAUUCACACUAUUGCACAAAAAUCAUGAUUAUGUGUCAGGGACUUUUGACUCGUCAUAGGUGUUGUAGCCGUGUUGUGCUUUAGGAUCACUGUCUCUCUCUAUAUAUAUAUAUACUUUAAUUCAAAGACUAAAGACUGGCUGUAUGGUGUGCACAGUGAAAAUUAAACCAGUUCCAAGUGUUCAGUGAUGAGUAAUGGUGGUAAGGUCAUGGGUCAUGACCCAUCCAUCCAUCCAUCACAUGAACUGGACCACUGGAAAAUAUGCUGCAGGAUUUGAAUAAUGGAAGUAAGGAAUGAAAUCCACUGUCUGUAGUUAUUAGCCAGGAUGUGUCGUUUAUCACUGUUAAGAGAUAAAUGGGUGUUACAAUGAUACGUUUACUGUUAAGCUUGUACAUGUUAUGCUCUUAUGUUACGAAGUGGAACAUUACAGCUGGUUUUGCAAAUUCUUUAAGGAAGUCAGCUGAAUUUAACACAGCUAUGAACAUGUCAGCCGUUUGAGGGCCACUUCCUGGUGGUACAUUGUGUAAGUUAAUAAGGAUCACCUCAGUUCACUCUCACUUUUUGUCUCUGUGGGGUUAGAGCAUUUCAUCUUUAGAGGAACCUAUCUCUCCAGGUAGGAUACAGCCCCUGAAUUGGGACAUUUCUGCCUUAACAUUUUGUGCACAUGAGAGGUGCACCAAAAAAGCACCGUGUUAAAGUUUUACUGUGGCGCACUGACCUAAGUCAAAAAAAUUCAAUUAAAAGACCAAAACACACACAAUGUCCAUCUCUUAGUACUUUCUGACUUCCCUACUCUGUCGUUCUGAGCCCCCAAGCCCACUGAUUUUGAUUGCAGAUCUUUUAAAAGCUCAUCACUAAUAUAUAGUUCAAUUUUUUUAAAAGGAUGAGUAAUUUCCUAAACUGGCUCGCUGCGGGAGGAAAUUGUGUUUUUGUUUGGGAUUGUUUUCAGUCAGAUUAAUCCACAUUUUGUUGCUGUAGUGAGUUUUUCAGACAGCAGGACUGUGUGAGUGUUUGUGGGACUUAGUCGAAAGAAAGUACACUGUGUGUGUGUGUUCAUGUCACCCAGUGCAGCAGUGUGGCUCACUGACGUGUUUGUAACAGUCUUUGAACAAUAAUGAAGCUCUUCAGUGUGGCACAGAGGAAUGAGAUACAUAUCAGACUCACACACAUUACUUUUCAGUAGGAUCAGCUCAGUGUUGGUUUGCUCUGUGGGGAAAUGGAGGCUGUCAAAAAUAAAGCAGGAGACAUUUGAAUUUCCACAUGGAAUAAAAUAAGACCAUCCAUGUGUAAGGACAAAGGUAACAUCUCUUCAUUACAAAUCAUGUAUUCUUUACAGUUUUACAGUUUUUAGAUGCAUGCUGGGUAGUUUCAGGUAUCUUUUUGCUUCAGUUCCAGGCAGCCAUUGGGUUUCAUUUAUCUCUAUGGCAUAAAAAUCAAAUAUCAGACUAUAGAAACUCGCUCAGAUGGUUCAGUACAUCAUUUAAAUACCUUUUUGAUAAUCGUUUUCCAAAUCUACUGACAAAUUUAGUUAUUUAUGAAUGAACAUUUUACUAUUUUACUUAUUUUGUUCUAAUAGCAUCAUUCAAAUGUAGUUUAUAAUAACUGAUGAUGACAGAUCAGAUCCUCUCAAGCCUCCAUAUGUGACCAGCUGUUUGUAGAUGCUGGUGUGCCAGACUGUAGCUGCUGAUCCAGAACUCUGGAGGCCUGGUGUGACCUGCAUGUUGUCACCGAUUGUGUGCUGCCAUUUUAUUUAGGCUGUCAUGUGUGUUUUGCCUCUGUGUCAUCCACCUCAGUUUCUGGUAACGUGUGACUCGUCCUCACUCUGUCCCUGAUACUGACUGUUAAGUGUUUAGACUGUGAUCAACCCCCAUGCAGAGAUAAUCAUUCUUGGUUUCUUUUCUCUCUCCUGUCUGUGUUCCAUUGCUGUUUAACCUAGGUUUGUCUCCCUGUUGUGUUUUUCUUUUUGUUUUUUCUAGAUCUCUUCCUGUUUGCCCUAGCAUGUUGAUGUGGCGUCACAGUUCAUCGUCCAGUCCUUGUGUUUCCUGCGCUUCUCUGAUGCUUCCAAUUUCACCUUUGACCUUGUGUUUGACAUUGAUUUCCAGGAGGUUUUGUUUUGUUGUUUCCUAUUUGUCCUCUGUGUUCUCAACAGGGGCACUUGAAAGACUGCCACUGAAUAUGUUUGAAAGUUACAUUAGAAUUAUUACGAGCAAAUAAGAGAAUCUAUUUUUCUAGACCUGACUGACAUAACCACUAGAAUUUUUGCUAAAUCAGUUUGACACGAGUCUGAGCUUUAACUUUGUUUUUAUCUCCUGUGUUGUGAAGCAGUCCUCCCAGUGCCCCCAUCCUCUGGUUUUGCUGUGUUUUUUUUUUUUUUUUUGUGUGUGUGUGUGAAAGCAGCUAAUCUGCCUCCAGACGAUGUGGUGUGUGAGUUCAUCCCUGGGUUUUCCCAUUUUGAGUGAUGUUAUGAGGAGGUAGAAUUUAAUGUCAGUGUAAAAAUCAGUUUUUAGCUCACCACCGCAAGCACAUGAUGCUUUUCUGCUCUUUCUUGUGUGGAGAAUCAGACAUAAAAUCCACAGGGCAGAGACUUUUGUCACACUAUAUUUAGUAUUCAUGUUUUGUUUUUGUUUUUUUUUAUCCACAAUGAAAGUCUUGGUAAAAUGUGAUCUAGUUUGUGUUAACUUAAAAAUUAUGAAUAAACUGGUGCCAAAUGUUUCGCACAAUCAGUACUUUCCCCUUUUCUUGGACUUGCUUUAUUGGUCAGAUCAGUUGUAGGAGCAGGGGUUGUCUGUUGUGGAAGGGGGCGUCAAGCACCACAGGUGAUACAGAAGAACUGACUGAUGAGUUUUGUGUGGAACUAUAUAGACCUAGAGUGCUCACACAGCAACAAGAAACAUAAGCGGCCUGUUCUUAAGCACUUAGUGUGUGUGUACUGUUUGUGUGUGUUCACUGAAUAUAAUCCAGAGGCUACAGACCCACACUCCUUAAGGCUGCAGUUUGUCUUUUUUCCUGAUCAGCGGACUGACAUUGGUUUGUAUGGAUUGUAAUCAACCAUUCACCAUGUUCUCAUCCUGCUUUAAUAUUUGAUAAAACUUUAUUUAACAAGUCCCAUACUUUCCUACACUUUCCCAGAUAAAAAUCUGUGAAUUCAGAGGAGGGUUCCUGGGAUGAACUGUGUAGCUUGGUACAAAUUAAGGGGAUAAUGGGGACAGUUCUGUUUGUACACUUUUAAUCAAUUAUUUCCUGUUCAUUUCAAGUCAAACCCACAGAGUGUUUUAGUCAGAGAGCAGCAGGUCAGCUUAGCAUGCAAACAUGUAAAAAUGUGUCUGCAGGGAACAAUAAACAACUCAACAUAUAUGGAGAGUAAAAGCCCCAGUAAUAAGUCGUGACCCUACAAUCACACGGUGUUGUCUGACUGUUAAUCAGUUAAUCUAUUAACAUUGUAGUGUACAGGUUAUGAACAUUUUGUGUAGGUUUACUUUUUGACCCCCUGUGUGUUAUGAUCAGAGUGAAUACAUCACAUUAGACUAAUCUAAGCCGACACUUGAUGCAGCUUUCAGUACUUGACAGUUUUCAGCAGUGUGGUGGACAUAUUUUAGUCAACACCAGAGGAAGAGAGAGGUUUUCCUACCCAGCCUUAAUAUAGGUCAGUUUACGGCAUAUCAUGUCAGUACUUCAUCAGUAAUCACAAAUCAGUGUGGAGACGCUUGAAACAUCCGUGACUCAGCUCGUCCAUCAUCUCUGUUUUAGUAGUUGUGUGAUUUAUUCUGAUAACAGAAGCAGUCACAAUGUUGAGCUGUUGAUUGUGUAAGUGAAGCGCGUCAGUUGUCUCAGUAACGCUGGAAGGCACACACAGGUAAAUAUUACAGAUGAGAAGGAAAAAAAAACAAGCGUGUGUGUGUGCUCUGGUGAGUGUUUUCUCAAGACAUUAUUUACUAAUGUUCUUUCAGCAGUAAAACUUAGGGUCAGAAAAAAAAACAUCACGUUUAAAGUAAACAGUAAAUAAAACCAACUUGAGAAGUGAAAUGCACAAAUUCUAUAUCAAAGCACUGUUCAUUCACUUUAUCCUCUACCAUCUAAUGUGCAGCUGACUUUAGCUACAGUACAUUAUUGUACCUUUUGACACUGUUCACUGUAAAACUGUAAUCAUCCUCUGACCUGCACGUGUACGUGUGUUAGAAAGAGAUGGACAGGUCCCUCAUAUCAGCCACAUUCUGGAAGGAUCACACUGUUAUUAUACAGCAGAAGCUCCGAAAAUAUUCAUCAUUUGUAACUGAUUUUAGUUUAACACAGAUGUGACCGUGUCAGUAUCAGCGUGUUUUUCAGGAGAGAAAUGUCAAAGGUAUGUGUGAGGUUUAUGUUAUGUGAUUAUAGUAAGAAGUGAAUGUGGCAGUAUGAGACAGAGUUGAAUGAUUCAGUCAUUAAAGAUAAAAUUGUUAAUAGGGGGUGAAGUGCUCUGCUUUUCACAAAUCAGAUCGUCAGCAAGACGUCACAUGACACAUAGUAGUAAAGUCAGUGUUCUCUGCUGUGGAGCAGGAGAGAGCACUCCGAUUCUCUCCAUCUGGUUCAUUUCAGUGGGUUUUCCUCACAUGUAACAGGACUGGAUGCUGUAUUUCUUCCUGGUGUAACAGUACCAGUGUUCACUUUUGGAUAAACAUGUUUUUGAUUUUGUUACCACGACCAUCUGCCUGCACACUGAGACUGAAACUGUUAAAAGGUAAAAACGCUGACCAAACUCCCUGCUCACGUGUGCGGGACCCAAACUGACGAAGCCUUUUGAAGUCAUUCUGUGAAGUUGCCUUUUGCUCCAUUGCACUGAUAUAAAUGCAGUUUUUGUUGUUUUUGUUGAGGAUUCCAUUGCUGUGAUUGUAAUGUGAGACACUGCUGAAUCACUAGAACUAACCCCUUGUUAGUUUGUUUUUCUUUAGGUUGGGUGUGUGUCUCCAGUGUUUGGAUUGUUUUUAAGCUUUGGAUCUUUGCUUUCUGUACCACAUGAAGCUGCAGUGCAAUCCAGCUGUCAUUUCUGUGAGCCAACGAUGUGAUCCUUACUGCUCGGUUGGUUUGGUUUCUGUCCCAAAUAAAAUGUUUG